CCCCCAAACCCACGAUGCAAACAUCACCACUUGCUCCACUGUUUGUCAUCUCUGCGCUCAUUGGCUGGUCUGGAGUGCAUCUGACAUCUCCAUGGCGCUGAUUGGUGGAUAUGUACAGGGGCUGGUGUUGUCGUCAUUGUCGGCCUGAGCUUCCUCAUUACCCAAAGUCCGAAGCACCCCUCUGACACCAGUCGCGCGCUGACGCUGUGUCUUCCUUUUAUCGCUCCCCCGAGUCGCACUCUUUGUAUCACGGUGCUUGGUUCUGUAUAUCCUCAGCAUGGCUUCUGCGACCGGAAUUCCGCCAAAUGUCGCUGCGGCGCGCGGCCAGAGCGAAGAAGAGCCUCUUCUAGGCAGAAGAGGAGAUGCCAGCCAACCACAUGGACAGCCGCUCUAUCACAACCUGUGGAUCGGCACUGCUCCCAUCGCGCAAGCAGGCAUCUGGAUCCUAGCAGCCAUAAUCUGGGGAGCCAUCUUCUCCAACAAACUCAUCUUCUUCUCCGCACACCCACUCCUCAACUCCGCCGGCUUUCUCCUCGCGAUCCAAGCCGCUCUCGUCCUCCAACCCACGCACACGCCCGAGCAGAAGCGUUCCGGCACCAUUGCCCACUUCCUCUUCCACGCCGUGGGCGCAUCGGCGCUAACAGCCGGACUCAUCAUCAUCGAGAUGAACAAAGCGGGCCCCGGCCAUGAACACUUUGCGUCUGCGCACGCCCGUCUCGGUCUUACGUUUUACAUUCUAGUCUACAUUCAGGCUAUUGUGGGCUUCACGCAGUACUAUGUCCCGCAGCUAUAUGGUAGCGUGGAUAAUGCAAAGAGCGUGUACAAGUACCAUAGGAUGGCGGGUUAUAUCAUUGCCGUCUUGGGACUUGCGACCAUUUGCGCGGCUACGUGGACGACGUAUAAUUUGAAUGUGGGGGGUAUUCAGCAUUGGGCUGUUAUUGUUGCCAGUGUGUUGGUGUUGGUGGGUGUUGUGCCGAGGAUUAGGCUGAGUAAGUUUGGGAUUAAGACGGACGAGGGCGAGGUGAGGUUGCAGUAGGUGAAGGGUGUAUUGGGAAUGAGUUAUGGUUGGGGUGGAUCAAGUUAUGAUCUAUAUGCACGAAAAGGUCAGUUUGCAGAUAUGACAUGGAUAUGGUUGGGGUCUUUGGAUAUGGCGUUGCAUUGGAAGGCGUGUUGGUCUAUAUGCAGUCUCUCAAAUCCUUCGCGUUCUCGUUUCCAGAUGCGCAGUCAUCACAGCAUUGUUCCCUUUCCAGCAGACCUUUCAUGCUCACCUGAUGGUUCUUGUACUCCUUUGGUGCCAACGAGCGUAGAGCGAAGCCCAUCACUUCUCCUUCUACCAACCAUGCUCUAUGAUCUUCUCCUCCAGGAUACCCAAAGCAAGACCGUUGAACUCAGUCAAGAGGACCUUGACUUCAGGUUUCUUAAUCAAGCCCAU